AUGCGAAUUUUUAAAAUCCCACCAACGGCGGGAAAGAGCAUCUAUAGCCUUGCUGCGCUUGAAGUGGCUGCAUGUGGUUUCGCAUUUCUUGGAUUUUGUGCUCUUCGGCGAAGUGAAAAGUCCAGACAAUAUCUUUACGAGAACUUCCCCUCAAUAUCAAAAGUAUAUUAUUGGGCUGAGGAUUCGAUAUCAUUCGGACAAUUAACGGGAACACGACUACGUCUGAACGAUUUGCGUCGAUUAACGUUCCCUUCUAGGAUGGUGAGGCAAUCCGAUAUUCAAACGGCUAUCCUUGCUACCAGUGCCUUUAUAGCCUGUCUUACUUGGUAUGGAUUUGAAAAGUGGCAAAGGGAAAAACCUCCGCCGAAAAUUCCCGUCCAGGCGUGGGAUAAAUAUGUCGAAUUGCAGAAGAAAAGCGGCAAGGACGUCUAG